UUGUCUUCGAUAUUUUCCUGUUUUAAUGAUAAUAAGGUAACUAAUUGGUCAUUAGUUCACUACCAUACACACUUGCUUAGUGAGUGCAGUGCGAUCUCAGGACACUACCAAUACCGCAGUUAAAAAAAGUGUAUUUUCUAAGCAAUAGCACCAUGCAUAAUCAGGGAGUGAAUAGGAUAGUAUGGCUUGUGGUGUUGUUGGUUUUGACGUUAUUAGCCGUCCUAGGCGUGUGCUUGAAGCGGUACUGCUACAGACAUCAGAGAAGGCUAAAUCGUGGAGCAGUGUUAGCACCGCCGGUCGUAGUCUCACCGUCCGUCUGUCCCACAACAGUACACCAUGGAAACCCGGUUAUGCCUGGUUAUCCGCCUGUCAACCCGGGAGCAGAAUACAACUCUGCCGGAUAUCCAGGAGUAUCAACGGUACCCGAUGAUCCAACGGGAAUGAAGAAAUAUCCUAUGCCGCCGUCGUACGAGUGUGCCACGGGUUCAUCGUCGACGUCUUAAGCAUAUGCGCGUAUGUGAUGCAAUAGCCUAUCUGCGCACGCGCACCAUCAUCAUCAAAUUCAUUUUUACAUUCUAUAGUAUAUGAUACUUGACUGAAUAGUUACAUCAAUAAAUCUGUUUUAUAUUUUA